GUGGUCGGCCCUGACGAACAAAGCGGCGUGCUCGUGUUUAUUUUGUUUUUAUAUUCAAUUAAUAUGAAAAUCUCACGCUUUAAGAAAUCUCACAAAACUUUGGUGUUCUUUGCUACAAACUUCGACUACCGCGAGCCAUACCAAGUGCUUAUUGAUGCCACCUUUUGCCAAGCGGCGCUGCAGCACAAAAUUAUAAUAGAGGAGCAGAUCAAGAAGUAUUUUCAAUGCCAGGCCAAGUUGCUGACCACGCAGUGCGUUAUACUCGAAGCAGAAGCAUUGGGAGCACCCCUAACAGGCGCCACUUCCAUUGUUAAGCAGUUUCAUGUGCACAAAUGUGGACACGAGGGUAAACCUGUCGCUGCUGCUGAUUGCAUAAAGUCUAUGACCAAGGACAAUCGGUAUAUAGUCGCUUCGCAGGAUCGCCGGCUCCAACAAAGUUUACGCAAAAUUCCAGGACGCUGUUUACUUUAUCUACACAAAGCUACACCGGUACUGGAGGCGCCAUCAGACGCUUCCAAAAAAUGUGUGCAAAAGCGCACCAAGCAGCUAAUGCUCGGCAAGCAGGUAGCAAAAAUAGAUUAUAUGAAGCAACAGCAAGGCAUAUGCACUACAGAAAAUGAUGGAACACCAAAGAAAAAGAAAGGACCAAAGAAUCCCAAUCCUCUAUCCUGUAAGAAGAGUAAAAAGCAGAAGGAAUCGCCUCAGCAAAUCCUACAUCGUGUAGAACAGACAACAUUGACGAAAGCCAAGAGAAAACGUGUCAAGAUUCCAGCGCAUGUGAAGGAGGCGUUAAGCAAGCCAUAACUACUAACUAGCUAAGCGUAUACAAUUGUAAUUAGUGUCUAUAUUUCUUUUGUUUCUAGAGUGAUAAUGAUGUUAA